GACUCGGCAGUGCUGUGAUAAACAGCGUUGCUCGGAGGGACUCGGCAGUGCUGUGAUAAACAGCGUUGCUCGGAGGGACUAGGCAGUGCUGUGAUAAACAGCGUUGAUCGAGGUGACUCGGCAGUGCUUUCUGUAGUGCUGUGAUAAACAGCAUUGCUCGGAGGGACUCGGCAGUGCUGUGAUAAACAGCGUUGCUCGGAGGGACUCGGCAGUGCUGUGAUAAACAGCGUUGCUCGGAGGGACUAGGCAGUGCUGUGAUAAACAGCGUUGAUCGAAGUGACUCGGCAGUGCUUUCUGUACGUGCUGUGGUAAACAGCAUUGCUUGGGGGGACUCGGCAGUGCUUUCUGUAGCGCAGUUAUAGAUUGCUGGCAGGACUAUCCCAUCGCUAGGCAACCGUCCGACCCCUCAAUCCGCUCUCAUAUCGGAGGAGGAGAAGUUUAUAAAUUAAAGAUUAAUAACCUUUGUUUAUUUUCUAUAGGUAUAGGUGUAUUCAUCUCAUGCUUAUUAUCAGUGUCUGAAAUUGACCAACAAGACGAGACUAAAUGACUAUAAACAAAUACAUAAAUAGAAAUCUGUAUGUGCUCGAAGCUACAGGAAGUGGUAACUCCAGAGACACUGAAAUCUUACUCACUGGUGUAGUUUUGCUCUAUAGGUCUCAUUUUUAUCUGGUUCACCCAUUUGAAAUACCCAAUUCUAAUCUGAAUGCCACCUCAUUGCUGUAACCUUUACCGAUCAGGACUGAAGAUUUUAGGACGCUGUAUUGUGAUGUCACAAAGCUGCUUUAUGACCUCACAGCGCCACCCGAUACCUUGUGGUAGUGGAGUUUCCAGAAGGGUGCGCAUUCAAAGCCUGUGAGAUCUGGAGAUGGAACUGCACUCUGAGACUGAAGAAAGCACAACCACUCCCUUUUUUAUUCCCGGGGGACACAGCCAGAUAGCACUGAGGAGAUUCUCGGACUGGAACACGGAUGAGAGUCUGUCCACAUCAAGAAAGAAAGUGUAAGGAACAUACCAGUAACUGCUAACUUGUAUUUGUAUUCUUUAGCAGUUAAAUAAUGCACUCAUUGUACAUGAAACUUUGUUUUUGUGUUUAUUGUAACCCAUUAUGUCAGAUGGAAGAUAAUGAAAAGAUCGCAAUUUGGUCUUUGUUGCUACCCCAUGCUGUGAAGGGUUAAGUUCAUUAACUCUAUGGUAUUGGACCACAGCUGGGACAGCGGGCGUAUUAAGUAACCGAGCGGCUCAGAGCGAGAAUGUUGCCUUUCACUCAGAUCCCCGAUGGAAUCUGCUCUGUAGCUCUGAGCUGCUCAGGGGCGGAGCUGAGAGGGUUCUGUCACUGAGCAGCACACUUCACACAGCCAGUGUAUCUACCUGUGUGUCUUGUUUCUGAUUGCAUUCACUGUAAGUGUUAGGCACACUGUGUGACUCGGCGAUUUGUUACAGGAGAAGAGAUUUUGAAUUCCAUAACUAUGUUACCAGAAUUACCCAGAGAUCCCUGUUCAACGGGGUAAUCAUGACAACCAUUUUACUGAAUGCGCUUUUCAUGGCGCUGGAGACGGAUUAUGACCUUAAAUACCGACUCUUUGGGUUCUUUGAGGUGAGUAUCGAGCAGUAAAGUGGAUUCACGGCACGGCCUUUUGAAACCUGUUUAUAUAUAUGUACAGAGUGCAUGUGGAGGUAACCAGGUCAGGCUGUUUUGUGCAGAUUGUGGACCAGCUCUUCCAGGCGAUCUACACCAUGGAGUUCCUGAUGAAGGUGUAUGUUGAGUGGAGGGGCUACUGGAAGAGUGGCUACAAUGUGUUUGACGCCUUCAUCCUCGCCCUCUCCUUCAUCCCCAUGUUCAUGAACACGUCGGGGGCCAGUACCCGCUCUCUCAAGUCUCUGCGCAUGAUCCGAGCAGUCAGAACUCUGAGGAUGCUGAAGACUGUGUCCUUCAUCAGGGGCCUGCAGGUCAUCCACAGCUCCAUUGAGUAACAGUGCCAGUGUUCAUUCUGCACUUCCAUUGAGUAACAGUGCCAGUGUUCAUUCUGCACUUCCAUUGAGUAACAGUGCCAGUGUUCAUUCUGCACUUCCAUUGAGGCUUCAUUGAGUAACAGU